UGAUGGAUUUCCCUCGAUGGUAACCCCAGUUUGCAACCAUAACUUACAAAACACAAACCUCAAAAGUUUGCCCAAAACCUUAUCUGACUUAACUUCCACACUGUCUGUCUCUUUCUCUCCAUCUUUGUGUCACAUGAAAUUUGUUCUCUGAAUUUUUAUUUUUUUGACAUCAUUUCAAUGGCAGCCAUCAUCCCCUGCCACUACUGUGCUUCCCUCAGUCCUAGAUGGUUCACUUCCAACAACACACAUUCUAGGCGUUUAUCCUACCCACUUCGAGGACUCCGAGGUUUGAAUGCUCGUUGCUCUUACCAACCACCCCAUCAUUCUGAAUCUCCGAACAACCAUAAUGGGAGGUCAUUUUCCUUGAAGCAGUGUGCAAUAUCUAUUGCACUGGCGGUUGGGUUAAUAACAGGAGUUCCUACAUUGGAGGGUCCCACCAUUGCCCAAGCAGCUACUCCUGCAUUGUCUGAUCUGUCUGUUUUGAUUUCUGGACCUCCAAUUAAGGAUCCUGGGGCAUUGUUGAGAUAUGCUCUUCCUAUUGACAAUAAGGCCAUUAGAGAAGUGCAAAAACCACUUGAAGAUAUCACAGAGAGUCUCAAGAUUGCUGGAGUCAAGGCACUUGACUCUGUGGAAAGAAAUGUGAGGCAGGCGUCUCGAGCUCUGAAGCAAGGGAAGACUUUAAUUGUAUCUGGUUUAGCUGAAUCAAAGAAAGAACAUGGAGUUGAACUGCUUAACAAGCUGGAAGCUGGUAUAGAUGAGCUUGAACUGAUAGUACAGGAUAGGAAUCGAGAUGCAGUUGCACCAAAACAGAAAGAGCUUCUUCAAUAUGUUGGAGGUGUUGAAGAAGACAUGGUUGAUGGCUUCCCAUUUGAAGUACCUGAGGAAUACCAAAAUAUGCCUUUAUUGAAGGGGAGAGCAGCAGUGGAUAUGAAGGUCAAGGUUAAAGACAAUCCAAACCUGGAUGAAUGUGUUUUCCACAUCGUUCUUGAUGGUUAUAAUGCCCCUGUAACUGCUGGAAAUUUUGUUGAUUUGGUAGAAAGGCACUUCUAUGAUGGCAUGGAAAUCCAAAGAGCGGAUGGGUUUGUUGUCCAAACUGGUGAUCCUGAAGGACCUGCUGAGGGUUUUAUUGAUCCAAGUACAGAGAAAAUCAGGACAAUACCAUUAGAAAUUACGGUGAAUGGAGAAAAGGCACCUGUUUAUGGAUCAACUUUAGAGGAGCUUGGUCUAUACAAGGCUCAAACAAAGCUUCCCUUUAAUGCUUUCGGUACAAUGGCAAUGGCAAGAGAUGAAUUUGAGGACAACUCUGCCUCCAGCCAGAUAUUUUGGCUAUUGAAAGAAAGUGAGCUAACUCCCAGUAAUGCCAAUAUAUUGGAUGGUCGAUAUGCAGUCUUUGGCUAUGUAACAGAAAAUGAGGAUUACUUGGCAGACCUCAAAGUUGGUGAUGUCAUAGAAUCCAUUAAAGUAGUUUCUGGGCUGGAUAAUUUGGUAAAUCCAACCUACAAAAUUGCUGGCUAGUUCUGUGUUUUUGCUAUCAAAUACCGCAUGAGUGUUUAUUGGCACUUGCUUCAAGGCUAUUCAGGAAUGCUGGCUAUUACAUUGCAAAGUUCACUCCCCCUAGUUUGUUUCCAUUGCUAUUGGAAAAGCCAUUAUUCAUUUUACUAGAACCUAGCAUUCAGUUAAACAGCUUGAGAUUUUAUUCUGUUUUAAGACUAUUCACCACCCCGGCUUGUAACUUUCAUUCUACCAAUUCAUGAAUAAAAUUAUGAUUGUUCAGUGAGGAAAUUGUAGGUCAUACUCAUACAGUUUCUGACAUUCAUGUACUGGAGUUAUUCUUAUCUGAAGAGAGAAUUAUUUUAAUUUUGCCUUA